AUGGUUAUUAGCAGCCAUAUCUUUAUGUCCACUCUUCAUCAUCUCAUCCUCAUUUUUUUCAUCUCUCUGCUUGGAACUUCAUCCUACCUACAACUUAUUAAACCCAUUUCAUGUACCAAAGGCCCUACUUUCAAAUGCUCAGAGGUGGAGAGGGCAGCACUUCUUAGCUUUAAAUACAAUCUCACAGAUCCAUCGGGUCGUCUCUCUUCUUGGGUUGGUGAGGAUUGCUGCAACUGGCUAGGCGUUGGAUGUAAUAACAACACAGGAAAUGUCGUCAAGCUUGACCUUAGGAACCCAUCGUAUUUUGAUGAUUUUGAUCAAUAUAACAAGUCGCGUCUGAGGGGUAAGAUAAGUUCUUCUUUACUCGAUCUAAAGCAUUUGAGUUAUUUUGAUCUCAGCUUGAAUAAUUUUAAUGGAACCAAUAUUCCAAAGUUUUUGGGUUCCCUUGAGAAUUUGAGGUAUUUGAAUCUCUCUUUCUCAAUGUUUUCUGGAGUUAUUCCUCCCCAUCUUGGGAACCUUUCGAGGCUCCAACAUCUGGACCUCAAUUCAAACUCAGAUCCAGCAUUGAGUCAGCCUGAAAGUCUAGAAUGGCUUGUUGGUUUUCCUUCUCUUAAGUACCUUGGAAUGGAUAAUGUAAAUCUUGAGAAAGUACCGGAUUGGCUUCAUGCGAUUAAUGUGCUUCCUUCCUUACGGGAGUUACACCUAGCUGUCUGUGGACUUGUUAGUCUUCCUUCCUCUAUUUCCUCCAUCAAUUUUACACUACUUUCAGUUCUUGAUCUCUCUAGCAAUGAUUUUAGCACCUCUAUACCUCAAUGGUUGUCACAUCUAACCAACUUGCGAAGCUUGAAUUUAGUUGGCAACAAUUUAAUUGGAAAGAUUCCGAAUUCAUUUGCCAACCUUUGCAAUUUGCAAGCAUUAUAUCUGGGGUGGAACAAUAUAAAUGGGGGGAUAACUGAGUUUGUGGAUGGCUUGUCACAAUGUUCCAACAGUAGCUCUGAAGAUGGGAACUUACCGUCAAUGCAAGAAAUUGACCUCUCUCUUAAUCAAUUGAACGGAACCAUUCCAGAAAGCAUUGGGAAACUGUCAAUGCUUGUUUCAUUGGAGCUAUCAGAGAAUUCUUGGGAAGGUGUCUUAACUGAAGCUCAUUUUCAAAAUCUCACCCGGUUAAAAUCUCUUUCGUUGUAUAUGGAAAGUUCUGCAAAUUGGAAGUUGGUUUUAAAUGUCAAACAGGACUGGGUUCCUCCUUUUAAGCUGAUAGACCUUCAGUUAACAUACGUGCGGAUCGGCCCAACCUUUCCAACUUGGCUUACAACCCAAAAUGAACUCACUUCUCUUUCGCUCGAGAAUGCUGGCAUUUCAGACACCAUUCCGCAUGGCCUUUGGAAGUCUUGCCCAAAUGUCACUUUUUGGAGGCUAUCCAGUAAUAAACUACGGGGCCAGGUACCGUACUUUGAAUUUCAACCUUCGGCAUAUUAUUUUGAUUUGAGUUUCAACAACUUAGAGGGUCCACUUCCACUUUUUCAUAGUAAUUUACGUCUCAUACGUCUCGAUAAUAAUAUGUUUUCUGGACCUAUUCCGAAAAACAUAGGUGAGUUAUUGCCCAAGUUGCAAGUGUUGGACCUCUCUUCAAAUUCAAUUACUGAUAGAAUUCCCCAUUCUUUUGGAAUGCUAAAGAACUUAAGCUUUCUUAUUUUGAGAAAUAAUUCUCUGUCUGGGAAACUCCCCCCUCUUCUUUGGAAGGAUUUACAAUGGUUAUUAAUAUUGGACUUAGCAGAGAACAAUAUAUCCGGCAAUGUUCCAAGUUCAAUGCAAUAUUUGAGAUCACUGGAGGUAUUAUCAUUAAGCCAAAAUCAUCUUGAUGGAGAGUUUCCUUCUUUCUUUAGAAACUAUAGCAACUUGCAAAGCCUUGAUCUUGGAAGAAACAAAUUCUUCGGAAAACUUCCAACAUGGUUAGGAGAAAGUCUACCACAUUUAUUGAGGUUAAGACUAAGGUCCAACUUUUUUCAGGGGGACAUACCUCAACAACUCUGCCUUCUUUCACAUCUUCAAAUCCUAGACCUUGCACACAAUGAUUUUUCAGGAGUAAUCCCUCAAUGUUUAGGAAGCUUGCGUAGUAAUGAGAGUGAAGGUUAUUAUGGUGGCUAUGAUUACCAAAUGUUCUUGGUUUCUAAAGGAAUAGAAUAUGGAUAUGGUCAAACUUUUGUUGAUCUUUUAUAUUCUAUAGACCUUUCGAGUAACAAUUUAUCAGGAGAAAUACCUGAUAAUAUAACAUGCAUCUCAGAAUUGGUCUUCAUGAAUUUAUCAAUGAAUCAUCUCACUGGAAGAAUUCCUAAUAGAAUUGGGAAUUUACAAAUGUUACAAUCACUUGAUCUCUCGAUGAAUGAGCUUUAUGGUCCUAUCCCUCAAAGUUUGUCUUCUUUGAAUUUCUUAAGCCUCUUGAAUUUGUCAUUCAACAACUUGUCUGGGAAAAUUCCAAUUGGGGAUCAACUUCAAACACUUAAUGACGCUUCUAUCUACGAAGGUAACUCUUUACUCUGUGGGCUUCCUCUUUCGACCAAGUGUUUAGAGGAUGAAACUAAACCUAUGGUAACACCAAAUGGUGGUAACAGAGUAGCCAACGAAAAUGGAAGUGCUGGCAUUAAGUCAUUUUCAUUCUACAUUAGCAUGAUAGCUGGGUUUAUUGUUGGAUUUUGGGGAGUUUGUGGCACACUGAUUAUCAAAACAUCAUGGAGACAAGCUUACUUUCGCAGCUUUGAUAAUUUGAAAGACAAGAUUGUUGUGUUCGUUAUGGUCAAAAUUGUUUGCUUACUAAGGAAGGAGUCAGAGAGAAAGUGA